UGCUCUUUUCUUUUUCUCUUCUGUUUUCUCCCACAAUUCAAAGCAGCAGCAGAAGAAGUUAACAAUGGCUUCAUCAAUGCCAUUAAAGAAGCAGAAGAAGAACAAGAAUGACAAAUACUCAUUAUCGGACCUCAAAACCCUAGGUCACCAGCUUCUUUCUUCAAGAGCUCAUGUCAAUAACCUUCCUCUUCUCCUCUCAUUCAUCACCCCUUCUACUCGUCCUAAAUAUGCACUUGAAUCUCUCCUUUCUCUUCAAUCCUUCUUCAUUCCUUUACUUCCUCAACUCCCUUCUUCUACCGUAUCCUCUUCCUUCACUUCUGACUCUCAAGCUGAUCCUGAGUUUAUCUAUCGAACAUGGGUUCGUUCCAAGUUUGACGACUUCGUUCAAUCACUUCUGGAUAUUGUUAUCUGUUCGCAAUCCGAUGAAGCACUUAGAGAAGUUGUGUUGGAUACGUUGAUGGAGUUUGUGAAAGUUGGAAACGGUGGGAAGUUUCACUCUGCUAUUUACUACAGGCUUCUCCAUAACAUUGUUCAUUCCUCCCUUGAAGUUGAUGAUAUUUUGCUGGAGUUGCUCGCAUCAAAGUAUUUUAAGUACAUUGAUAUCAGAUACUUUACUUAUAUCAGCCUUGAAAAGCUUUCCCGAAACAUAGGAGCCAAUGAUAUCUCAGACGAUAUAAGGGAGCGACUAGACACCACCGGUGUGAAUCAGCCACAAUCAAGCUUGGACCUAUCAGUUCACAAGUUAUCUCAUCUACUAUCUCGUAUCCCUCCCCUGGAAGGUUCAGAUGACAAGGCAGAAUAUGAUAUGUGGAAUGCUGCAGGUAUAUUUACUGAAAAAGAAAAUGACAAAGGACACACUGGAAAGCAGUGCAAGGGUGAAUCAACUAAUAUCAAGGCUUUAUCUCCAGCCAACAUUGCAAAAAAGAUGAAACUGAAAUUUACAAAAGCCUGGAUAUCAUUCCUUAGACUAACACUUCCUGUUGAUGUUUACAAAGAGGUUCUGGUUAACCUUCAUCAAGUUGUUAUUCCCUAUCUGUCUAAUCCUCUUAUGUUGUGUGAUUUCUUAACUCGGUCAUAUGAUAUUGGUGGGGUGGUCAGUGUGAUGGCUCUUAGCAGCUUGUUUGUUCUCAUGACACAACAUAGUCUUGAGUACCCCAACUUCUAUGAAAAGCUCUAUGCUCUAUUAGAACCUUCUAUUUUUAUGGCAAAACAUAGGGCAAAGUUCUUCCAGCUUCUUGAUUCGUGCCUGAAAUCACCACUUCUUCCUGCAUAUUUGGCGGCUGCAUUUUGUAAAAAACUCAGUCGGUUAUCGCUCGCUGUCCCUCCUUCAGGAGCAUUAGUCAUUAUUGCUCUAAUUCAUAAUCUCUUACGGAGACAUCCUUCAAUAAAUUGCUUGGUGCACCAGGAGGAUGGUAAUGAGACUACUAAAGACAUGAUAGGAGCAGAGAAUGGUGCUGCUGAUGAUAGCACUGAAGCCUCCAGUCCCAGCAGAGAAAUGUCAAGCGUCAAGCCUAGUAUUGAUCCUUUUGAUGACAAGCAGACUGAUCCUUUGAAGGCUAACGCAAUGAGGAGCUCUCUGUGGGAAGUUGACACACUCCGCCAUCACUACUGCCCGCCUGUUUCAAGAUUUGUUUUGUCCCUUGAGAACGAUUUGACAGUCAGAGCUAAAACUACUGAAGUAUCAGUCAAGGAUUUCAGUUCUGGUUCAUAUGCAACAAUUUUUGGUGAUGAGAUUAGGAGGCGAGUUAAACAGGUCCCUCUUGCGUUCUACACAGCAACUCCAACUAUGUUGUUUCCGGAGUCUGAUUUUAUAGGUUGGACUUUCAAAAUGAAGGAUAAGGAUAGUGCUACAAUUUCUGCAAAACGAAGUCGAGUGGAGGAGACCUCAUGAUAUUAUCGUGAACCAAAUGGUACUUAAACCUUCUAUCAGCAUUCGUUACGUUCUUUCUAAUUUGUAUGAUUAUUCAUUCAAAUUUCUCCUUCCUUUCAGGAAGCAAUUCUUUUGAUAAUUUCACUAAGCUGUACUUGAAUGCAUGGCUUAAUUAAAUGUCUUGUAUUUCGUCACUGUAGACUAGUCAGGGUGAGUAUAAAUUUUGGGAGAAUUUAGUCAUUUACUGUUUGCCCACGAGGCUCAAAAAUAUUACCAGAAAAAAAAAUACCCAUUUUAGAAAUACUAUUUAUAAAAGUAAUUUGGCGGGAUGCAUUUCUUAUUGUAUUGUCUUGUACCUUGAGGAAUUUGUUUUGGGUACCUAGAUGGGAUAGACAAUGAUAUCUAAUGACUUGGGAGGUGUAUUAUACCACCUUUUAUGUACAAUAUUGUUUUUUGGAUUUAACUUAUACUCAUAACUAAAUGCGGAAUAAAAUAAUCGUAUAUUGAUUGC